CGGAGGAUGGAGGCUCCAAAAUGGAGUGUCAAAGAGUGCAAGGGGUGGAGCCUCUUAUGUCAAUUUCAGCACAUUUGCCUAUUUUAUCUGUCAUUCAGUUUAAGACCCUAAAACCUACUCUCCAUCUGCAAUAAAGUGCCUGUCAGAAUUAAUUGCUGGAUCUGCUGUCCCCAAAAAAUCAUUGCAAAUAAUUAUGUGAUGCAUAACAUUGACUAACUUCAUCUGCAAAUAUAUUUACAUUGUAAAGCCUGUAAUCGCACAAUACAUAGGGUAUUUGAAAACCAAAAACAAAAAAACAAAAAAAAAACAACAAAAAAAAACAGAAAGAGAUUCAGGAAAAAAUAAAUAAUGUCCUUUAGAUAUAUCAAGAGCAGAGGGGUCAGAACAUGGUUCACCUCAAAAAUAAGUUUAGAUGAUCUCUCCCUUAGCAGUUAAUUGUUUGCUUUUCAGCUAUUUGAUACCUAAUUAAAUCUGUCAAGACUUCAUGGGUUACUGUGGGAUAGCAGCAGUGGGACAUAAAUCUUAUCAAGUUUAGAUGUUAACAUCUGUUGUCUAACAAGCACACAUUGUACGUUCCCUUUUGUUUUUGAUAUCUAAAGGUUAUUAUUUUUUUUGCUGAAUCUCAUGUUGAUGUUUCUUGAUCUUUUCUUUCUCUUUUCAUUUUUUUGGAGAAAAAUGAUAACAAAUGCUCUGAUGUAUUGAUAAGGUUAUUUACUGAAUCUAUAGAGUUGUUAUUUUUAAUUUUUCUAAUGGUCUACACAAAAAUUGAGUAUGGGGAUAAAAUAGAGAUUCAUUCAGUGAACUUCAAAGGAAUUACUUUUUAAUUGUUUGGAUAAUGUGACAUUCUAACGAAUUCUCACGGAAAUUGGGAUGACAGAUCUGAUAAGCAAGUGCUAAAAUUUCAACAUGAUGCUCCACCUCUUGCAUCAUCUGACUCAACAGGCUCCACCCCUUGCACUCUUUGACACUCCAUUUUGGAGCCUCCAUCCUCCACAUUUUACACCAAGCCCCAACGGGAGAUAGGGAAGAAACUAAAAUUUUCUUUUUGGUUAAAUCCAAGACUUGUAACACAAGUUUAACAUGCCAUCUGCUCGGGAGAUUUUAUCCCCAUUGACUACUGCACCAAAUAUCUUGAAUUCUGUCUCAAACAUCAUAUCUCCUGCCUCAAGUCGGCAUGUGAGUCUCAAAAGUCCCGUCCCGAUGUUGACGGCAGAACACGAUGAUGCAGCAGAAAAAAGAGAGCGGAGACGCUCUAGGAUUAUUCAACUACAGCAGCGUGUGGGUAGUCCUGCUUCCCCUGGGGAAAGACGUCGAUCAUUACCACUCAGCGGACUCACUGCAACUCAGCUAGCAGAUCAUUACUCCAGCUGCAUCAAGCUGUCAGCAGAAAAUAAAAUUAAUGCAAAAAAUGCAUUUGGAUUACACUUGAUUGAUUAUAUGUCAGACCUCGUGAAGAAGAAGGAACUGGAUAACUUUCAGGUUGCUAGUACUACGUUAGAUGCUAGUGCUAAGAUUUAUGCAGGAAGAGUGGAUGCCAUUCAUGCUGAAACCUACAAAGUUCUCACUGGUUUAGGCCGAAGUGGAGAAAAGUCAAAAGCUGAUGAAGAUGGAGAGGAGGCCAUGGAGGAGGAUGGUGUCCCAGGGGAGGUACAAGAGCUAGCCAAAAAGAAGAAACGGACAAAGAAAAACAACACAAUAGAAUCAAACUUGAAAAGCAUCAACGUCAAUAAAAUGGACUUAGAAUUUGAGGUGGAUCCCUUAUUUAAAGUAAUGUCUGCCGCUUUUGACGAGGGUGGCAGCAGCGGUUUGAUGUUGAAUAAUCUGCGGUGUUUUGAUGAUCGACAAGACCUUAUCCUGGACUCCAGUUCUGCUCUUGUCCAAGGAGAUUGUUCCUCAGACCUGUCACAACGGAACUCCAUAGACAUGUCGGAAAUAAAAGGAAUGUUUAAAGGAGUGGAUUUAUACUCAAAAGAGGUGUGUCCUUCUUUCUCCAGCUUCGAGUUCACCAACUGGGACUCAUCAAUGGAGACAUCAGUAGUGCCUUCUGGAUCCACCACUCAUGCUUUUGAUAUCAAUGCGGAGACGGAACCUAUAGAGGAAGUAGACCCCACUCUGACCGAUCUUCCGGCUGAUUUAGAGGACAUGGCAGUGGAAAGCGCCUUUGGGGAGGACAAUGCAGAUGAUGAUGGUGACUCAGGGGGAGACAACCAAAUCACGGAGAAAUCCAUCUGUAUUGGGGACGGCAAAGCAGCAGAACUUAUGCAGAGUGCAAUCAGGGAUCUCACACAUGGGACAACAGGAACCCUCCUGAGUGUGCUGGCCUCGGAACCAUCAGAUUAUUCCUACUUCAACAAGACACUUCUCAGGGCGUGGGCCGGGCCAGCUCAUUGGCGAAUAGGACCUCUGUCUAAAGAUCCCAGAACAAAAUCACAGGCGGACAAAACACAGAGAAAUAAGAAAGCUCUGUUGGACAUAGACUAUGACACAGUGAAGGAAGAAAAAGACUUUGCUAAGUACUUCAAGCCAUCCAAAUCCAUCACUCUAACAAAGUCGACUCUCACCAAGUAUAGCAAAGAGAGGAACACCCUGCCCAAAGAUCUCCAUUACGAUGCCGACAAGCUCUUCAGACUCUUCUGUAAAAGUCAGGUUAUGAUUAAAAGACAAGACACAGCAUCAGCAGAUAUAGACGAGGAAAUAGAAAAUUAUAACUACGAAAAUCCAAACGACAAAGAAAAUUACUGUCCCAAAGGAGAUGAGGAAGUGGAUGACGACAAUGAUGCAAGUGGUGGAUUCGACUUUACGGCGGGUGAAGGAAAUUUCAGUCCAGAUGACUUCAGUAUGCAGCCGGACAACACACUCAAUAACACAACCUUAAUGGGAGAUAAGCUCGUAUCUCAACCAAACAAGGUUGAAAAGAUUGAUAUUAACUAUGCAAAGACAGCAAAAAAACUGGAUGUCAAGAAGUUGAAAGGGGUCAUUUGGCAUUUACUGACAACGAAAUCAAAGGUUGUCAAUAAAGAAAACCCGGAAGUAUCUACAGAAGAAUCAGGGGCUGAAGGAUCUGGAGAAAACCCCGUAGAGAAUGGAGGAGAACACUCCACCAACAGUGAAGGUGUAGACAUGAGUGGCAGUUUGUCCUUUCAGGAACUUCUUAAUGAUCUACCUCAGAAUGUGUCCUCUCAUAUGGCAAAAAAUCUUAGUGUUCCUAUAACAUUUGUCUGUCUGCUUCAUCUAGCCAAUGAAAAGACCUUGAAAAUUGAAAGUGAAAACAUGAGCGAUUUGAAAAUCACUCAGGGGAUUUGAUGAUCACAUGCCGAGUAGGCAAGAUUUGGUCAAAGCCAUCACAUGUUCUCAUACUUCAUUGCUGGUAUUGCGCAUUCAAGAAUAGAUAGGGCCGUGAAGAGGAGGCAGAGUUUUAUUUAUAUGUGAAGACAAUGUUAUGGAAAUUCGAUUGUGGCAUAUGGAAUACUUUGAGCAUCUAUUUACACUGACUGUGUGAAGAGGACAAUGGAGAGCUACUGGUUCUAUUUAAUCAAAUUUUUAACCUAAGUUUUAUUUUAUAAAAGCAAUUUAGACAUGUGUACAAUUACGAGUUGUGUGUUUGUGUUUCAUUUACCUAGACUGCUCAAGACCCUCUCUUGCUCCGGGGCGUAAAGCUUAGGCAUGCGACUGCUCAAGACCCUCUUUGGCUCCGGGGCAUAAAGCUUAGGCAUGCAACUACUCAAGACCCUCUCUGGCUCCGGGGCAUAAAGCUUAGGCAUGCGACUGCUCAGGACCCUCUCUGGUUCGGGGGGCAUAAAGCUUAGGCAUGCUCACUUUUGAUCAAGUCUCACUUGUUUGCUAUAUGUUCCUUCUAUAAAAGUGAGACCGGGAUAAAAAGUGAGCUCAUCUAAGUUCAACCAUCCCAGAGCCUGAUUUCUUCUUUUAUACAGGGCUAUGGUCACCUAUCUCUCCUCUUUUCUAGUUUCCUAUGUCCUUUUUCUUCAGUAUGCAAUAUUCACACAAUGAAACCAUGUUUUUAUACACAACAAAUCCAUAUUAUUGAAUUGUGCAUUUCAUCUUAGAUCUUUUGUUGUUGUUUUUUUUUUUACACCAGUCGCUUAGUUUUAAUAUCUAUGUACAGUGUGUACAUAUAUUUUGCAACAGACUUUUUGAAUUGGGGGGGGAUGUUCAAGGCAGCUAAGAGAUCUUAUGACCUCGAGAUAACUCAGAAUAUCACCUUGUUCCAAGUCCAAUUUCAGUUCAUAAACACUUAAAAUACCCAUAUGCCUGGAGAAUGUACAAAUUGAUAGCUUUUUCAGGUGUUUCAAAUUUCUGAUUAAGCUACCAAGCUAAAAACAAAAAAAAACACGAUACAUGACAUAAAAAUGUGAUUUUAUUAUGCAAAAGCAUUUCAUUAGAUAAUUUUUUAUCAUUACAUCUCUUUAGAAUUUUAAGCAUGUAUGAUACAUACACUGUAGAUGUAAUGCAGAGAAAGGCAGCUCCAUCAGACUGCUCAUGGGACAAUUUUUUGACUGUUCCCUAGUUUCUACAAUUCAGGGUGGUUGUUGUCAUGAUGAAUCCGACUGUUGGCCUGUUGUUGUGUACAAUGUUUUAUUUAGAAAUCAUUGUUAAUAUCAUCUUUAUUUUAUCAGACAUUAUGAAAUGAUAUAGUUUGUAAAUAAACAAGGCAACAUUUCA